AUGUUCCUGAAAAGAGAAUGUAUAGCAAUCGCUAGCAUACAAGAAAUUUGGAUGAAGCCAACAAAGAAAUACAAAAUUAGGGGAUAUACUUUGGUAACCAAAUGUAGAGAGGAAGGCUUUGGCGGUGUAGGAUUACUAGUCCGAGAAGAUGUUUAUUUUGAAAACGUUCAGUUGGGCAAUUUCCACCCCUUGGAACUAGUCGCCAUCCGAACAAGAAAUCUUUCCAUCAACUUCACAAUCAUCUCACUUUACGCGCCACCGGAUCAGAAAAUAGUAAAAACCGUAGCAGAAAAAAUCGGAGAGCUGUUCAAAUAUUUGGAGAAAGUGGACGGAGAGUUGCUUUUAACAGGCGAUUUUAAUGCUAGGCACCCGCUGUGGGAGGAAGAGGCAAGACCGUGUGAGAAAGCAAAGACGAUCGUACAGGAGCUAGAUGCAUCGAAACUGAUCCUGCUAAAUAAUGGCCAAACAACCACCAUACCCCGAAUUAACUGCGCACCCACAGCUAUUGACCUGUCAUUCGCAACAAGGGAAAUCGCAGCACAUGCUUCUUGGGAAGUGGUACAAGAAGAGUUCGGCAGCACACAUCUCUGCAUCAUAAUCGAAUUCACGCUGGAAGCGCCAGUCGUCAACAAAGGAAUUCCGAAAGACAUAAUCGAAUGGCUGUUCGAAUACCUAAGAAGCAGAGUAAUCCAACUGCAAACAACGGAAAGCGAAAUACUAUCGGUGGAAGCUAACAUGGGACUUCCACAGGGAUGCCCACUAUCUCCGCUUCUAUUUAACUUGUACACUGCAGGCUUACAUUCCUGCGAGGAAACAGGCGAAGUGCUAACACAAUUUGCGGACGAUUUUGCGGUGAUAGUGACUGCAGAUGGCACCGAGGUGGUAGACAAGGCAAAUAGGUACCUGGAGAAAUUUAGACAAAGCCUACAAGAAAUGAAUUUAUCCAUUAACCCCGCGAAAUGUGUGGCCAUCAAUUUCAGUAAAAUCGCAGAUACCAGUAUCAAACUACGCUUACAGAACGAAGAUAUACAACUGCAAAAUACGCAUAAACAUCUCGGAUUUGUCGUCGACCGAGGGAUGAACUACAGGAAGCACAUAGAAGACAUAACAAAUAAAAGCAAAAGCAGUCUAAACUUAUUAAAAAUGAUAUCGAAUAGAAAAAGUCCGGCAAACCCCGAAACCUUGCUCAAAAUCGGCAACGCCUUGAUUAGAUCGAAACUGGAAUACGGUUCAAUCAUCUACGGGACAGCAGCCAAAACAAACCGACGAAAAUUAGAAACCAUAUUGAAUGCAUACGUAAGAGUGUCCAUGCGAUACCUAAGGUCAACGCCAGUCAACGUCAUGCUAGCUGAUAGUGGAGCAAUGCCAAUGGAAAUAAGAGUAGAGUGGCUGGCACUGAAGGAAACGAUAAAAAAUAAACACGGAUUCAACCCCAACCGGAAGUUCAUCGAUAAAACAUUGGAAGAGGAAAAGAACAACGAAACGUAUAUGACGAUAUUGGCAGAAAAACACAUGGACAUACUGUACCAAAUGAGGAGCUACAACGAAAACAUGAGAACCGAGGGACAAAGAACCAAAAAUUGCGAAAUCAACGUUAGAACGAAUCUACUAACCAAUGACGCUAAAAAGGAAAAUAUAUCAGCCGCGAGAUGGAAAGCAUUAGCUACAGAAACGAUAACCAACGACUACCAGGAGUUCAACAAAAUAUAUACAGAUGCCUCGAAAAAUGCGAACGGAGUAGCGACGGCCGCAUUAGAUUCACAGGACCAAAUAAGUAGAACCAACAAGAUAAACGCGAACGUAAGCAUCACAAACGCGGAACUUAUAGCGAUCCGCGAUGCCAUCCGCAUAUGCAACGAAAAAAACUACAGUAAAGCAGUCAUCAUUACAGACUCUAAAAGUGCAUGCGAAAUGAUCAAAAACAGAAAUACGGUUUACACAAAUCACAUAGUUCUAGAUAUCUUCACAUUGAUAUAUCAAUCUCAGCAACUCGAAAACCAGAUAAGUAUCCAAUGGGUACCAAGCCACGUAGGUAUAAUCGGUAACGAAAAAGCCGACAUGCUGGCGGUACAAACCACUGCUUACCCGCAAAACAACUUCGAAACACUGACGUUGGGAGACACCUUAAAACUAGCUAAGAAAGAAAUCUGGAACAGCUGGGAUCAGAUCCAAUCACUGCACAACAAAAGAUCGGAAAUACAAUUGGGGCUGGGAGACAAGCAACCAAUGUGA